AGUCUUAGCUCAUUUCACGCUCCCCACUUGUGUGUCCCUUGCAGGCAUGGAUAAUCAGACGGUGCUGGCUGUGCAGUCCUUGCUGGAUGGUCAAGGAGGGGUGACCGAUCCAUCUGCUCAAAAUGUCAGCUCAUCCGCCACCAUCCAGUCCAUGGAUGACGAAGAUGUCUUCCUGUGCGGGAAGUGUAAGAAGCAGUUCAACUCAUUGCCUGCAUUCAUGACCCACAAGAGAGAGCAGUGCCAGGGAAAUACCCCUUCUCUCUCCACUGUCUCCCUGGCCACCAACAGUGUGUACAGCCCGUCCAUCACCUCAGUGCAGCAGGCUCCGAGUGCCAGUCGACAGCAAAUUUCUACAUACAUCACGGUUCCUCCGUCUCCUUUGAUUCAGACCCUUGUGCAGGGGAACAUCUUAGUCAGUGAUGAGGUGCUGAUGUCGGCCAUGUCUGCUUUUACCUCCUUGGACCAGACGAUGCCAGCGGUGCAGCCCUCGGCGCAGAGCAGCCUGAAUAUGCACACUGGGGCUGGUUAUCUCUCCCAGCCCCCUCCGCCACCGCCACCGCCUCCACCGCCACCUCCACAGCCGCCGCCACCUCCACCACCAAGCCUGGGUGCUGCGGGGCCGUCCAGCGCCGGGGCUGGUGGCGUGGUCGAAGUGUACAGCGCGCCUGCUCCAAUGGCAGCAAGCAGCACAGUGGAGAUCCAGUCGCUGGGGAUGCAGCCCUAUCCGCCCAUAGAGGUACCCAGCCAGUGUGUGGAAAAUCCUGUGUAUCCCUCUCCUCCUGUCUACAGCCCUGGGAAGCAGGGAUACAAAUCCAAGAGCACCAGCGCUCCGGCACCUUUGACCAGUGCAGGAGGAGGCAACGUGGUUGGCUUUGAUUCUGCCUCUGCUGCCAAAAGUAGACGCUCCAAAGCCGAGAGCGGGCUGCAUGAAGGGAAACCCAAGCCCCCCAAGCUGAAAUGCACUUACUGCGACAAGGCCUUUACCAAGAACUUUGACCUGCAGCAGCACAUCAGAAGUCACACAGGUGAGAAGCCGUUCCAGUGCAUUGUGUGUGGCCGAGCCUUCGCCCAGAAGUCCAACGUCAAGAAGCACAUGCAGACCCAUAAAGUGUGGCCUCCAGGGCUGGGGUGCACCAUCUCCCGCAACUCCAUCACGGUGCAGGUCAUGGCUUUGAACCCCAACCAGAUGGAAGAGGAGGAGAACUCAGAUUUGAGUCAGACCUCAAGGAACCCUGUGCAACCGCCCCAAGACAUGGCCCCCAUGGAGGAGAGUGAGGCAGACAAGCUGGAAGCCAAGCAGGUUGUUUUGAUCGAUAGCUCUUACCAAUGCCAGUUCUGCCCCAACAAAUUCAACACUUACUUUCAGCUCAAAUCACACAUGACACAGCACAAGAAUGAGCAGGUGUACAAGUGUGUGGUGAAAAGCUGCGCUCAGACCUUCCAGAAGUUGGAGUCCUUCCUCGAGCACAUCAAGAGUCACCAGGAGGAGCUGAGCUAUCGCUGCCACCUCUGCAGCAAGGACUUUGCCUCCCUCUAUGAGCUGGGAGUCCACCAGUACUCCCACAGCCUGCUGCCCCAGCACAGCCCCAAAAAGGAUGUGGCCGUGUACAAAUGUGUCAAGUGUGUAAAUAAAUACUCCACCCCAGAAGCCCUGGAGCACCAUCUGCAGACAGCAACACACAACUUUCCCUGCCCUCAUUGCCAGAAGGUGUUCCCCUGUGAGAGGUAUCUGCGCCGACACAUCCCCACGCAUGGUGGGGGCAGCAAAUUCAAGUGCCAGAUCUGCAAGAAGUUCUUCCGCCGGGAGCACUACCUCAAGCUGCAUGCCCACAUCCACUCAGGAGAGAAGCCCUUUAAGUGCUCGGUGUGCGAUGCAGCCUUCAAUCGGAAAGAUAAACUCAAGCGGCAUAUGCUGAUUCACGAACCUUUCAAGAAGUACAAAUGUCCCUUCUCAAGCCACACAGGUUGCAAUAAAGAGUUUAACAGACCAGACAAGCUCAAGGCUCACAUCCUGUCCCAUUCAGGGAUGAAGAUCCACAAGUGCCAGUACUGUAACAAGUCUUUCAGCCGCCGAGCCCACAUGAUGGAGCAUCAGCGCUCGCACACUGGCAACUACAAGUACCGCUGCCCCACCUGCAGCAAAGGCUUCACGCGCCACAAGUACAUGAAGGACCACAAGUGCCGCCUAGGCUCACCCAAGGACAAAGAGCUGCAGCUCAGGAAGCCCCAGAAGAAGCGUGUGGUGCGGGGGCGCAAGGGGGGCCUUUCCCUCCCUAGCCAGCUGGCCCUGGCGGAGCUGAAGGACGGUGCCAGUGGGGAGAGCUCCCGGGAGGGCGGCCCGAACAAAGAACAGUUCCAGGAGUCAGAUGCUGUCCUGUCCAUUGUAGUGGGGGGGUCAGGAGCUGCUGAAUCGGACCUGGUGGUCCCCGGGCAGCCCAGCAGCAUCACGUCCAAUUUGGCCCUGGCGGAGUUACAGGCUGCUUCAGACAGCCCCUGCACCAUGCUGGCUGUGCCUGUUUACAUCCAAACAACUGAGUGAGGACAUGAGGGCCACUGUGUGGCUGGGACCUGCUGCUGGGCGUGUCAGACUGCGCUGAAAAUUAUCACCGUGAAAGACCAAAGCCCUUGCGGGGAGGUAGAUGGAUAUGAGAGAGUGGCUCUCGUUUCCACUCGUUCUUCCCUUCGUCGGGCAAAGGACUGUCUAGAGCCAUUACUGGCUAGAAGGCACUGAAGGUAACAGUUCCAUAUUAUCUUGGCCUUCUACAUCACUGUUCAGUCCAGGGCAAGAAGGACUAAGAUCCCUGAAUCAGGGUGAGACGAAGGAGUGUACAGCCUUACAACAAACAGAGCUGCUGAUUCCAGAUGGCUUUGCAAAUCACAGCCUAUUCCACCUGUGGUUUUUCUGGCCUAAAAUUUGUAUUGCCCAGUAUUUGGGUGGCCUAUUCAAGAGCAAACAAAUGAUCCUUCCUAGUGGAAGCGAGUUCAUCCUGAGAUCCUUUGGGAACACUGUUCAGAAGUACCCUUGAAUCACAUAUCUGAUGUCUUUCUCUUCUCUGUCUUUAUCAGUAGAAAGAUGGUCUAGUCUGUACUACCUGUGUCAUAAACACCGUGGACCUAAAGUGCCGGGUGGAGUCAGUGGGUGGGAGCAGCAGCAUGCUGUGUUGGUGCCAGGCCUGGGUGUAUGUAUGUGUUGGUUCUUCUGUGUGCUCAGUGUUCUGUCCAUGGUUCUUUCAUAGAUUUUUCUUCAUAUCCAAGGACUUCCAAGUGCAUAAGACCCCAAGGAGUUGGUUCUUCCCAGCCUGCAGAUUUCCUUAGCUCAGUUUUAUGGGCCAGUUGUUAAGGUUUUGGGGGACCGCUGGCAAGUGGGGGAAGCCCUGUGCCACUGGGACAGUUUCUGUUGCGUGCUUUCCCAAGCAGGACUCUCUCCUUGUUCCCUUUCCUCUUGUGCUCCAAGUAGUGUCUUGUUUUAGCAAUUUAUUUUUCCUCCAAUGUUUUUCCAAAACAGGAAGGAGAGAAGAAGCAGUGUAAUGCUGGUAAAGGAGCUGCACAGGCCAGCCUGGGGUCUAAGGCAGGUAGGAGACUUGUUGGGGAUGCUGCUCCCUUCUUUGCUGGGCUCUCCCUGCUCAGCUCUCAGCCUCAACCUUUAAUUUGCCACAGGAGGGAUUUGGUUGUUGGGAAAUAGGACUUGAGUAGGCUGGUGGCUGCAGCCUCUGGCUCUGGGGGAUAUGCUGCCACUGUGCUCUCCACUGUUUUUGUCCCACUCCACAGAUAGAUCCGCGUAGCUGAACUUGUCUUUCUUGGCACAUUUUAUGCAAUGAUUGACCGAGCUGCCUGGAGAUCUGGGAGGUUGCAUUUGCAGUCACUUUCUCCUGCAGUGGUAUGAGGUGGGGGACAGGGUUUGUGGGGACACGGAGUGCUGAUGUCUUGGCUACCAUGAACAUUUGUCAUUUGAUGGCAUGUUCUUCUAGACUGUGUCCAGCCCAAAGGUGAAACAGGGUCCUAAAACCACUGUCACUCCAGGAAGGUGACCACAUAGUCCCUGUCUGGAUGGUUCCUAUCACCAGUUUUCUGUGCUCAGUUCCAUCUUCUUAACUCCUAACUCACCUUGUGCUCCUUCCGCUAUUUUGUGAUGCUUCUAAACUUCCAGGUGUGUUGGGGUUUGGUAGGAAAUGGAAUACAGGACUUGGAGGAAAGGUUGAGAGAAAUGAGUUUGGCCUUAAGGAGUAGUCAAAGGGAAGGCCUUAUUGUUGUAAACACCAGCAAGGGGAGCCUGUAGAGAUGGAGCCAGUUUCUUCUCAGAGACCCACAGCAACAGGACAAGAAGGCAAGAAGGACUGACCGGAAUGUGAGAAAUUUUGACUCAAUGUACAGAAGAAAAGCAAAACUACAAAGAGGGUGGUGAAUCACUAGAACGAGGGCACAGAGAGGCAGCAGGAGCCGCAUUCUGGAUCAUCUCAUUAACAGAACUCAGCAAGAGCCUCCUGCUCUGAUGACCUGCACAGAGACCUCCAGACAGCGCUUCCCACCUAUGCGUUUCUGCCAAGUCUCUUGUCUGCUUUUAAGGACAGUUUAUUUGCCCACAGUGUUUAAGUGCUUGGUUGUCAUGGGAGGGGAGCAGGAAGAGGGUUGCUAAAUAUACUUCCCUUUUCCUCUGCUUUGUACCCAUUCUGUACAGUGCCAUUAUGUGACCUCUGCGCUUGGUGCAGUGUUGCAGUCGGAUCUGUUUUGGGAGGAUGUGUGGGUAAAGCACUCCUCCAGCCAGCAGGAAAGGGCUGGAGACAUUCCCUGCUUUUCUGGCCUCUGCUUU